AUGGCUGAAUACUGGAAAUCCGCGCCGCGCUUCUGGUGCAAACAGUGCAAGAUCUUCAUUCGCGACACGCCUUUCGAGAAGACCCAACACGAGGCCAGCCCAAAACAUCAAGGCAAUCUGAGACGGUUCCUCAACCAAAUCCACAAGGAUAAUGAGCAACAACAACGAGAUUCACAGCGAGCAAAAUCCGAGGUCGAGCGAUUAAGACAGGCUGUCAACGGCGGCUCGACAGAUAAAGGUGGCGCCGCGCCAGUGAAACGAAAUGCGCCGCCAGCCUCAAAACCCGCGCAAAGGCCUGCCAGUCUUGAAGAACGAAAGAAGCAAAUUGCGCAGCUCGCAGAAAUGGGAGUCGCUGUCCCGGAGGAAUACCGAGCCGACAUGGCUUUAGCAGGCGAAUGGCAGACCACCUCAGAGACGAGGGUCGAGCCUCGACAGGGAUUAGAAGGCCCUACCAAGUCGAUUGGAGUGCGCAAGCGCAAGCAUGACGGAGAAGAGGACGAGGACGAGCCCGCGCCAGAAAUGGUUGUUAACAAAGGCUGGGGCUCCCGGCUGAAACAAUAUCCUGGCGCUCAAGACGACAGGGAUCUGGAUGACUUGCUUGCAUCAGCGAAAGAUAUAAAAAUGACCAGAACGUUCAUACCCAAGCCGGAAGUUGUUGAAGACGAGACCGCUCCCGAGGAACCUGCACGCGUCACCGUGAAAGAAGAUGACCCUCCCAAGGUUGAGGAACAAGUGAAAGUUGAACCAGGCUCACAGCCCGAGGCAGCGCCAGAAACUGAAACGAAAGAGAAUUCCCAAAACGAAGACGCUGCCCCUAGCGUUGUUUUCAAGAAGCGCAAGGCGAAAACAAUGAGGAAGUAA